AUGCAUAAACUCUUAAUCUUUCUGUUCAGCCUGUUCUUUGCUUCCGCCGUAUCCGCCGACGCCCUCGACGAUGCAAUAGCCCUUUUCAAACGCCAAAGCGUUCAGCUAUCCACCGGCGGCACCGACACCACGGCCAGUGAAACAUCAUCAUCUGCACCAACAUCUUCUUCUAGUGAUGAUGACUCGACGACCUCCCCUACCAUAUCGCCAACAUCCUCUCCAACAGUCGUGACAGAGUCUUCUACCAUCACUCAAAGCCCAACCGUGUCUCCUUCAACCACGAUUGUCGUGACCACGUCUACCUUUACUCCUAGUUCCGACAGUUCUGCUGCCACUACCGAGGCCUCGGUGUCCAGUCCCACCACCAGCACAACCACCCCUUCACGAACAUUGAUCACAACUAGUGCGACUGAAGAGAUAAUCACUACAAUCACAAGCGUCCAUGCGGGAAGCACCGUACACAUUACAAGCACGAGCAGCGGCUUGGUUCCCAUCACUACGAGUGUUGACCCUGCCUCGUUGACCAACGGCAGCGGAACUCAUGGUAGUUCUGGGCUCAGUGACACAGCCAAGAAGACAAUUGGUGGCGUGGUUGGCGGUGUUGGCGGUGCCUUGCUUCUUGCUGGUCUGGCCUAUACCGCCUGGCGAAUCUGGGGCAAGAAGAAGAACCUCCAUGACGAUGACCUGUACGACCCCAACCUCAAUCAGGACAAGCUCAGUGCAACUGCGGGAUCCGAUUCCACACCUUUCCGCUCAACUCUGGAUCAAUAUCACAAUCCUGGGACGGUGAAUACAGCUUCCAACUUCUGA